GUGAAGAUGGCGGAUCAAGAUCAUUACUGGUAAUCCACGCCGGCGCCAUAGUCCGCCAUGAUGCAAGCCACGUGCGUGCAACUCGGUGGCAUGAGCGGAUCUGCCUCCGGAGGCAAAAGGCGACGAGACUCGGCGCGGUGGCACUCGAUGAGCUCGCAACCUCCGUCCGAGAAGCUCCGCAAGUGCGACGAGCCGCUCCCCGUGCUCGACGCCGACGUACUCACAACCGCGUUCGAGCCGACGCUGCUCCAGUCCGAGGCAGAGGCCCUCGCGAUCGCUGCCGAGAUGGGCGCCGACUUCUACAGUGAAGUGAGCGUGCUCUACAACCUCGUCUCCGACAUGCGCGUUCCUUCGGACGAGGCCGCGACCAUGGACGUGCUCAUGAGUCGCCUCGAGGCGCACGUCCGUGACGACGACGCCCGCGACGCCGAGAAGGUCCACAACGUCUACCAAGGCAUGCUCCACGUCUACGUGUAUUUAUACCGGGUGCAUUUGCGCCACUUUGCUCAGCUCGAAAUGUCGGGCCACCUCACGCUGUGUUGGCGGCGCCUCAUGGCCUUUGCGUCCGAGUACCGCGUCCUCGAUUCGACCGUGCUCCAGAAGAUUUACGACUUUGUCAUGAACCUCGUCGGCCGGCCGCUCUAACAGUGUCGUCGCCUUGGAUGUGUCUCUACUACUAUUACCUUUUACGAAGGUCCUCACUCGUACUCAAAUCGCUUGUCCUUUAACUGCUUUGCCUGAACACG